UUGAAUAUAACCUAAAAUAUACUUGUGUUCUUAAGAAAAAGGAUUUUCUUUAUUUAAGUUGAAGACGAGUUGAUUUUAUAUAAUAAAAUGACCAUAAUGAGUGAAAACAUACAACUUGAAAGCGAAGAAGAAUCGAUCGGUGACAGCAGUGAAGCACCAGAAUCGAAGGACUCUCCCGAUGAACAGAGCGAUAAUGAAUUAGCAAACAGUGGUUGGGCGGAUGCAGUAUCGAAAAUUUUGAAGCAGAAACCCAAAAAGAAAUCCGUUGUAUUAGCAAAAGCCAAAAAAUUGAACGAUGUGAAAAAACCGAAAUCCCAAUCGUUGGAUUUUGAAAUCGAAGAAACAGAUGGUCGCAUAAAAGAUAAAGAAGAAGUCUCAAGUGAAGAUGAAGAAUCCCUAUCAGAAGAACCUGCUAAGAAAAAGAAAAGGGAACUACCAAAUUUAAGAGUAAAACCCAAUAUAUUGGAAAAAGACAGGGAAAGAUUAUUGCAGAAAAUAGCAACAAAAGGCGUGGUGCAAUUAUUUAAUGCAGUGAAAGCACAGCAGAAGGAUAUGAGUAAAAAAUUGGAAGAAGCUGGCCCAUUGGAAGUAAGGAGGGAAAAAGUGUUGAAAAAUAUCGAUAAAAAGACGUUUUUGAACGUAUUAAUGGGCGAAAAGUCGCAGCAAAUUGAAUCAGAUGUAGUUGAAUCGAAUAGAAAUCCAGAAAAUUCCACGUGGAGCGUUUUAAAAGAAGAUUUUAUGAUGGGCGCUAAAAUGAAAGACUGGGAUAAAGAACUAGAAGUUGAAAGUGAAAAUGAGACACAAAUUGAAUAAAAUAUUUGUUUUGCUUAUAUUUGAAAACAAUCUUUAUU